GCAGCACAGGAAGCCACAGCGUGCCGUAACUACCACCAACGGGUGUCAGCGUCUUCAUCCCUUCUGAAAAGUUCAACACUAACGCUCAAGACGCAGAGCACAUGUUGACAGCUGGAAGUAUUCUGUUGUUUUUGGUCGUCGUCCUUCCAGUUUUUUUGGCAGGAUGCUGUGUGAAAGGCCGUCAACGUAAUAUCGAAGGUCCUCGCACGAAUACGACACGGCUGCACUAUCGAGCCGUGGAGGGUGAAAUGUUUCUGAUGCCGUGCGCGCAUCAGAAGGUCGCGUGGGCCAAGAUCGGCGCGGACGGCGAAGCAAAUGGAGGCUUUUAUUUUGACUGUGGAAGGGAGUUCCGGAUCGAGGCCGCGCAUUCAGGAAAUUACACUCUGCCUCCUGGCAAAACGUUCCUCCAUCUGCAGGUGCUGGCGAAAGAGAAGCUGCCGUGUUACAAGGCCGAGGAGGGCGGCGUCACGCUGGUCGCGGGUCAGGGCGGGGAAAUCCGCUGCCCCGCUUUCGCCUGUACGCUCAGCACGGGGGUCACCUGGUACAAGGGCGACAAAAGGGUGUCGGAACAGCUCCGGGACUCCUGUGAGACCGGCGGCCGCUUGCGUCUCUGCACCGUUCGCCAACACGACACGGGGCGAUAUUUUUGUGACGCGCAUUUCGAACAGGAAGGAGCGCCCUGGACCUUCAGGAGUCCGGUCCACGUAACGGCCGUGCCCUAUAAAGAAGUGCAUUCCUCGCCUCGGAUUACAAUUCCUGAUGACAACGCAGCGGAGGAAGUGGAGCUUGGAGCGCCUCACACUCUAAGAUGUCAGGUAUAUUUUCUCUAUGAUGUCGACUUUCCGCCACGAGUGCAAUGGUACGUGAAUUACGGCGGCGGCGUGACGGACACGACGGCGCUGCGCAACCAGAGCCAACAACAGGAACGUGUGACCUUCAUAGAGGUCAAGGUCACACGGACCGCCGUCAUACAGGAAGUGACGGCGCUCCAUAUCAACCACACGUACACGUGCACAGCCACAAACUCAUUUGGGAGCAGCAGCGUCACGGUCAUGCUCAAGCGGAAAAUUCAAGAGGAACGUCCGUCGCUGGUCGGUUAUCCGCUCGCGAUGUUACUGCUGGUCGGCGGGAUGGGCGUCGUUUUGCACGUGAAAUGGUUGGAACUUCAACUUAUUUACAUUUCACGCUUUCGACGUGGGAAAGUCGACGCAGCUGAGAAAGAGUUUGACGUGUUUUUGUCUUACGUGUGGACACCUCCGUGUGAGGGAGCAUAUUUGACCCGAUCCUCGGGAUCAGGAGAUUAUCCAUCUUCGCUAGAGCCGUUCAAGUCUGAGGGUGCAAUCGGCGAUUGGACGCCGCCACCCGAGGUUCUGCUUCCCACGGUUUUGGAGGCCCGCUGGGGAUAUCGGCUGUGUUUGCUGGAGAGGGACACGCUUCCCGGUGGAGCCUACACGAACGACGUGGUCGGCGGAAUACGAAGAAGUCAAAUCCUCAUCUGCAUUUUGUCCGCCGAGUAUUUGUCCAACAGCAACGCUGUGUUCGUUCUGGAAUCGGGAAUACGGGUUAUGCUGCAGAGCUCGACUCUUCAAAUUCUCCUCAUACACACAAGUAAAACCUCUACAGCGUUCGUAGAGCUGGAUUCGCCCCCGCCCUCGUUGGUCCUCAGGGCCUUGAAGGUGCUCCCCAGCCUGGACUGGAGUUCGGGACAAAGUGAAAACGCAAGCGUCAAGUUCUGGAGGUCGCUGAGGAAGGCCUUACCCAAACGCAGGGUACACGCGUCACGUGCUCAUUUCGGACAAAACAAGUUUUGAAUAGGGAUGCGGCAGACCGUGAGUAAAAACUACUCGCCGUUCACCAAUACUUAAUACAGAUUACUUGAUCCCGUGACAUUGUGCAAUUGCGAUGGAAGUGAAAACUGCGUACUGUUGCGCAAGCCUCGGCCUCCGAGGGCCACACCAGUAUGGUGCAGAAACGCAACUUAAAUUUGAUGAAAAGACAAAAGAAAACUGGCGUGGCUAAACUGCAGUUUUCUCCAGAGUACAAACAAUACCUCUACAAUAUAUAUAUAUAUGUCUCUGUAAGUUGCUAAAUCAUCUUUCUGACUUUUUUUGCAGGCUUUCAAACCUGCGUGUUAUGCGGUGUGCAUUUUUUUUUUCUAACGGUCGCAAGGGGGCACUCGAGCAGAAAAGGUAAGCGUGAGACCGGUGGAAUAUAUGUGCCGAGGAAGUGACAUUUACCGGUAUGUUUUUUUUAACUGGACCUGUUAACGCCGCGCUAGCGUGUUACUGCUGUUACUGCCGCGACUCGUUGAUUUAGGUAUGUUUUUGUUUUUUUAACCGGCCCUGUUAGCACUAGCAUUAGCGCUGUGCUAGCUUGUAGCUGCUGUGUCUCGGUGAUUUUUACCUUUUUUUUUUUUAACCGGCCCUGUUAGUGCCGCGCUAGCGUCUUGCUGGUGUGUUAAUGCCGCGUCUCAAUGAUUUAGUUUUUUUUUUUUUUAACUGUGCUACUGUGUUGCUACUGUAUAGCUGCCACGGCUGUUUUUUUUUUUUACCACUCCUGUUCGUGCUACCGUGUUAUUGCUAUGUUAAGCUAAGCUAAGGUAUUAAAAUUUUGAAAACUGUGUACCGUUUUUCAGUCGACCAAAAAUGGUAAGGAUGAGACCAGUGGAAUAUAUGUGCCAAGGAAGUGACUUUUACCGGUAUGUUUGUUUUUUUUAACGGCCCUAUUGGCAUUAGCGCUGUGCUACUGUGUUGCUGCUGUAUUACUGGCGUGUCUCAGUGAUAUUUACCGGUAAAUUAGUUUAACCGGCCCUGUUAGCGCUACGCUAGCAAGGCACUAGCGUUACCUCUUUCUGUGUACCAUCUUUGUAACUAUUUCGUGUUUCAAUGUGGGCGCUUGCGGCUUUUACACAGGUGCAGCUUAUGUAUGUACCAAAUGGUAUUUCCUUUACAAAUGUACUGGGUGAGGCUUAUAAUCAGGUGCGCUCUGUAGGCCUGAAAUUACGGUAUUUAUUUGACGUUAAACUGGGUGUGUCAAACCGCUUGAAACAAGGACACGUGGACUCCUUUGUUAAGAACUGUUGGCCGUCUGCCAUCCUGCUAUCAAUAUCGUAGGCUCAUAGCAUUGUACAGUCCGCUCCAAAAGAAUUGGAACGACGAGGUCAAUUCCUUUGUUUUUCUUGUAGUCAGGUUUCAGAUUUCUCUUCAUGGUGUAGUAUUUCGAUGUAAAUACCGUGAAAUGAAAGCUUGAAUUCUGAACUUUUGCGUCAUAUUCAUCUUUUCAUCUGAAAACCAAAUGUUUUCAGAAUUUAACUUGGCGUUCCAAUACUUCUGGAGAGACUGUAAUUAGGAGAGCAGACCUACAGUGUUAACAAAUUUAAUUAUGAAUUAUGCAGAUUCCCUCCCAAAAACUGCAUCAAGUUGUCUCACGUCAAGGAAUAUUCACCCUGGAAAUUAUUGUUCUCAAUGUUUUUCUGUGUUCUGGUGCAGGCAUUUGCCUUCUUGAGCCAUUAAAAUAUAUAUAUAUAUUGGACUGUGCAUUAAAAUGUUUUCUGUUAGUGAGCAGUGAGCGUUUAUGUAACCAAAUCUGAGAAACAAAUUGUUAAUAUCAUCGAAUUUAUGAAGGAACAAAUUAAAAGCAAAUAGCACAUCUGGUCUUAGUGAGCACUAAGACUCGGCAGUAUUUUCAAGUCCUCCUUCCGGUACUCCUUUGUCAAACAGGAUUACUCCUCUCCUCUUAUUCCUCCGGUCGGUUAUUUAGGUGGAAGAUAUUUGUGUAAUUCCACACUUGUUGAAUUUUGGGGUCACCAAUAAAACAAGCGACGCUCCAUCCGUGAUUUUAUAGCGAUAAGUUAGAAUACACCAGAGGCGGCCGUGGGUUGGGGGCGGGCUGGCGGAGGGGAAGAUUAGCACAGCUGGCAAAAAAAAAAAAAAAAAAUUCAGUCAUUCUCGAACAAAACUUUGAUUCUAUGGACGAGGGUUGCAAAAUAUUGGUCAUCUUGGAAACUUUCCAUGGGAAUUUGUGGGAAUGCAAAGGAAUUACAUUUGGGGAAAAUAAAAAAAAAUCCAUUUUGUCAAAAUCCCGACUACAAUUACCGUCAUUUCCUAACGUCCACAAAAGGGGGGGCUUGAGUGGAAAAAGUAAGAGUGAGACCAGCGGUGUAUAUGUGCCGAGGAAGUGACUUUUACCGAUCUGGCCCUGUUCGCGCUACGUGUAAUGUACCGUAAUUUCUGGUCAACAAGCCGCGACUUUUUUUCACAGGCUUUCGACCCAGCGGUUCAUGUGGUGAUGCGGCUAAUUUGUGCAUUUUUUCUAACGGCCGCGAGGGGGCACUUGAGCGGAAAAGGUAAGAGUGAGACUAGCGGAAUAUAUGUGCCGAGGAAGUGACUUUUACCGGUCCGGCCCUGUUAGCGCUACGUGUAAUCUACCGUAAUUUCUGGUCAACAAGCCGCGACUUUUUUUCACAGGCUUUCGACCCUGCGGUUUAUGCAGUAAUGCGGCUAAUUUGUGCUUCUUCUUUUCAAAAGCCGCAAGGGGGCACACGAGCGGAAAAGGGAAGCGUGAGACCGGUGGAAUAUAUGUGCCUAAGAAGUGAAUUUUACCAGUCCGGCCCUGCUAGCGCAUUACUGCCGUGUCUCAGUGAUUUUUACCGGUAUGUUUUAUUUUUAACCGGCCUUGUUAGUGCAGUGUCAGCGUGGCGCUAGCAUUAGCACGGCGGGGCUAGCGUUAAACUCUUUGUGUACCGUCUUUCUUUGUAAAUAUCUCGCGUUUCAAUGUAUGGACCAAAUGGUAUUUCCUUGACAAAUGUACCGGGUGCGCUCUGUAGGCCGGGAAUUACAGUCCCCAAUUUCAUAAGUGUACUGUAUGAGGUACAUCGACUGAUA